AUGACGGGUAGCGUUGCCGUAGUCCUCGCCUUGUGUUUGGGCAUGUGCAGCGCGCAAAAUGAUGCCGGAGACAACGAGCUUGGCCUCGCUGCUGUGCCUUCCAAUGCAGACUUCUUGCGCAGGGCCACCACGCGAGCAACUCAGAUCGGCGACUAUGUCUAUCUCGAUGGCGGUGAGGUCUCGCAACUCAUCGACGGCAAACCCCCUGGCGAGGACCGCCCGUCCAACGCAAUGAACCGUACUCUCUCUAUCGACAUGUCGAAGUCAUGGAAGCCCUCAGACGUCACGAUCAAUGAGAUUCGCAAGACGUCUCCCAACACGAACAGACAGGCCUUGUUCACCGACAAGUCCACCGGCUCAUUCUACAUCUGGGGCGGCCACAUGUCUUGGGGUGCCCCGGUGACGAAGAAGGAACUCUGGCGAUUCACCGCAGACAGCUCCGGUGGAGGGGGCUGGACGACGCGGAUCCCGGCCAACCCAGACUCGUUCAGUGAACUCAGGCGCACGGAGGGUGGUGCCUUUUGCAACACACCAGACUCGGCCUUCCACUUUGGUGGCGUGGCGACCCGCGCAACCGACGUCAACUAUUCCGGCCCCGCGCCCGGCUUCAUCCACAUCAACUUUACGACACAGGCGUGGACCAACUACACCGAGGGGCCUUGGUCGGCCUUCAGGACCAUCUAUGCUGCGUCUGCCGAGUACGUCCCGACCUUUGGGCCCAAUGGGCUCAUCAUGCUGCUCGGCGGAGAGACACGCGAACUCGGCGGCAGUAGCGGGAACCGUGGCUUGCUUGACUUUAGGAACUUGACCUUUAUGGACCCAGUCACAAGGGACUUCCAUUCCCAGCAGACAACUGGCAAUGCGCCGUCGGGGCGGAUCUUUCACUGUAGUGUCGGCGUCGAGGGAAAGAACGGGACAUAUGAGAUCGGAUUUGUCUUCGGCGGCCGCAACCAGCGCGAUAACCAGGCGUAUGACGACGCCUACGUCCUGACUCUGCCCGGCUUCCACUGGGAAAAGGUCGAUUAUGAGUCGAAGAGUCCUCGCAGCGGACACGCCUGUCUCGUCGUCGGCAAACGCCAGAUGCUCAGCAUCGGCGGAGUCAACCACGAACCUGGCAUGCCCGACCUGUGGCUAGACCGUGACCCGUGGCCACAGGGCCUUGGUGUCUUUGACAUAACGGAGCUGAAAUGGACGAAUGAGUAUGACGCCGAUGCCGAGGAUUAUGAUUCACCCGAGGUCAUCAAGUCGUGGUACGCUGAUGGCGGACUUGAUGAGGUUCAGUGGACGUCCGGCGUUGCGGCCCUGUUCCAACAGGGGGACGACGGCGGCGGCGGCGGCGGUGGUGGUGGUGACGGCAGCGGAAACGGCACUGAUCCUGGGUCUGAUAACUCAAGCUCAGCCCCUGUUGGUGCCAUCGCCGGCGGUGUCGUGGGCGGCGUAGCGGCUGUGGCGAUCGCCGGUCUUCUCUUCUGGUUCCUCCGCCGCCGGUCGCGUCAGCGAGCUGCUGCCGGCGUUACUGGAGGCAGCGAGGCUGGGGUCAGCCAUCCGUCGCCGAGCAAAGCCUCCUACAUGCCAGUUUCGCCGUCGGUCAUGGCAGCGUCAGAACUGGACCAGACUCACCGGGUUGAGAUGCACGACUCAUCACCAAAACCAGAGCUGGCGGCUCCGCAGCAACUUGCGGUCGAGCUAGAUGGGACAGGCGUAGGCGAGCAGGCGCCAAGACACAGGUAA